AUGCUCCGCUCCACCAAGGGCGCCUCCAAGGCGCGGCGGGACCAGAUCAACGCCGAGAUCCGCGCCCUGCGCGACCUCCUGCCGCUGCCCGAGGGCGACCGCCCGCGCCUCUCCUACCUGCACGUCAUGGCCCUCGCCUGCAUCUACACCCGCAAGGGCGCCUGCCUCCCGCGGGGAGCACCCAUGGAGCUGCUGGGGGGUCCGGAGCUGGCCGACCUGGUGGCGUCGUUGCCCGGGUUCCUGCUGGCCGUCACCCGCGAGGGGAAGCUGGUCGGCGUCACCGACAACGUCGCGCAGCACCUGGGGCACUCCAUGGUGGACCUGGUGGCGCAGGGUGACAGCAUCUACGAUCUGCUGGAUCCAGCCGAUCACCCCCUGGUGCGACAUCAGCUCACCCUGCCCGGACCCCCCCAGGCAGAGCGCCUCUUCCGCUGCCGCUUCACCACCUCGCGGGCUUCGCGCCGUCCCAGCGCUGGGCGGAAGCUGGUGCUGCUGCGGGGCCGGUUCCAGGCCCCUCCCGGCCCCCCUGGGGCUUCCCCGGGGCUUUUUGUCGCCUUCUGCGCCCCCCUGGAUCCCCCGCCCUGGCCAUGCCCCGACUGCCUGCUGCUGCCUGCGUUCCAGAGCCGCCAUGCUCGCGACCUCGCCCUACUCGAUGUAUCUGACAGUGUCCUGAUCCACCUGGGCUAUGGGCGGGGGGAGCUCCUGGGUCGCUCCUGGUACCGGCUCCUGCACCCCGAGGACCUCAGCCACGUCGCCCGCCAGCACCUCCGUCUCGCAGGAGCAGGGGCAGAGGCACGAGGGGAGCUGGUGACGCGGCUGCAGCGCAAGGAUGGCCUGGGCUGGACGUGGGUCUACGCCCGACUGCGCCCCGAGGGCCCAGCCCUGCUCGCCCACAACUUCGUCAUCAGGUGA